AUGAUGCAACAUGUGUCCCCAGCACUAACAAUGAUGGCCACUCAGAGCGUUCCUCCACCAUCGUACCAGGAGAGCCAACAGAUGACGGGCACCACCCAACAGAACUCCAAGGCCCAACAGGUCCACAUCUCAGCAUCCUCGGAGGCUGGGAAUAACCCCAUCAGUGUGACCCUUGACCCCCAGGCCCAGCUGGAGUCAGAUAAGCGGGCCGUUUACAGACAUCCCCUAUUCCCACUGCUGGCCCUGCUGUUUGAGAAGUGUGAGCAGGCCACCCAGGGCUCUGAGUGCAUCACCUCUGCCAGCUUCGAUGUGGACAUCGAGAACUUUGUGCACCAGCAGGAGCAGGACCACAAGCCAUUCUUCAGCGAGGACCCCGACCUGGACAACCUGAUGGUGAAGGCCAUCCAGGUGCUGAGGAUCCACCUUCUGGAGCUGGAGAAGGUUAACGAGCUCUGCAAGGACUUCUGCAACCGCUACAUCACCUGCCUCAAGACCAAGAUGCACAGCGACAACCUGCUUCGCAAUGACCUGGGCGGGCCCUACUCGCCCUCGCACACCUCGCUCAGCCUGCAGCAGGACCUCCUCCAGACAUCCUCUCCGUCCAUGACAUCAGUCUCCAGCUCCGUCAACUCCUCGGGCAUCAUGGUGCACACCGGGACCCUGCAACAGGGUAACAUUGCCAUGACUACCAUCAACUCCCAGGUGGUGUCAGGUGGCACCUUGUAUCAGCCGGUUGCCAUGGUGACAUCGCAAGGGCAGGUGUUAACCCAGGGACUCCCCCAGGGGACCAUCCAGAUCCAGAAUUCACAGGUAAACCUGGACUUGGCUUCACUCUUGGACAGUGAUGACAAGAAGCACAAGAACAAGAGAGGGGUCCUGCCCAAGCACGCCACCAACAUCAUGCGCUCCUGGCUCUUCCAGCAUCUCAUGCAUCCCUACCCAACAGAGGACGAGAAAAGACAGAUUGCAGGACAAACAAAUCUGACCUUAUUACAGGUCAACAACUGGUUUAUCAACGCUCGCAGGCGCAUCCUCCAGCCCAUGCUGGAUGCCAGUAACCCAGACCCAGCUCCCAAGGCUAAGAAGAUGAAGUCCCAACACCGUCCAACCCAGCGCUUCUGGCCAGACUCCAUUGUUGCUGGCGUCUUGCAGACACAUGGACCUCACUCUAACAACGCUGACAACCCCCUAGGCUUGGACAGCCUCCAGCCCCUGUCCUCUGACUCAGCCACCCUGGCCAUGCAGCAAGCAAUGCUGGGUGGAACCGACGACUCCAUGGAUGGCACAGAGGAAGAGGAGGAGGAGGAGGAGGAAGAGGAAGUUAUGGAGGAGGACGAGGAAGAUGAGGAGGAGGAAGAGAGCGAGGGAGGGAGACGUAUAUCCGGCGGCGGAGGAAGGAGAGAUCUGGGCAUGGAGCAUAGAGAGGGGCUAGAGUAAUGAGAUGUGUUAAAGGACAACGUGACCUUUUGACACCUGGGUUGUGUUCAGUAGUCACCAAAACAGAAGAAAACAGACUGAGACAGAAAGGGACUACCUGGAUUUCUCCACUAAGAAAUUUGUUUUGUUAUGGGUGCCCUAAUGAACACAAUUCAGACCAUACUUUCCCUCCACAAACCACACCUCCAUUCAAUCUUAACCCCUGCCCAGCCCCUAGAUUCAGGCAACAGUCACACCUUGAAUGGGCCUUUUGUUUUUUCUACCAUGGAUUUCUGUCUAGAAACUACAGAUCCGUCCCAUCAGAACUCUUAAGAAGGAAGAUCCUAUAUGAGGAUUAGGGGUCUGAAGGUGUCCUAAAAUGGUCACCAUAAAUUGUGUGUCCUAGAAUGGACACCAUACUCUGUGGACUAGUGGGUCACCACAAACCUCUUAUGUUUUAUUACUGACAAAACAAUGACAACUAUGAGUUGCUGUAUGUGAGUUGAUUGUGAACUUGUACUGUAGGUCUAUACCUGGCCGUCACGUUGGGUUCCAUGCUUUGGAAUCAUCCAAGCCUUAGUCCGUUUCAGAUUGACUCCAUGAACACGAUGUUGUCAUUAUGUUUUCCGCACACAUUUUCAUAAUGUUGAUGACGAGCGAUUUUUCACUGCAACAAAAUUGAUGUUUUCGGGCAUGAUUAAAAAAACGUUUCAUUCUUUGAGGCCAAGAGCAAAAACUGCACAAAGUAUGUAUAUUAGAUGUUUUGACGUUUGCGUUACAUUGCUGAAGGCUUGCAUAUUUAUAAACAAUUUUCUUCGAGCUUUCAGAAGACGGUUCAAAUGGCACCUUUGUAGAAGGCACAAAGUAACUGUUGUGAUGUUCUGGAGGUCUUGCAAUUGAGAAAACGCUUGAGUGAAUCUGAGUUAUCGAAGUUACUGAUGGCCAAUCAAGGUGACAAAAUCUCAAGACUGGAAAGAAAUACUCUAUGUCACAUUGAGGAUUCACAUUACAAACAAAACACUGCCUUGGUAACAGUGUCUCAAUGAGUUAAAGAAAAACAUACCGACAUGAAGAGAAAUGGAAUUGAAUCCUCACAUCUUUAAGUGAAAACCUUUGCAAGAAAAAGACAAUUUAAAGGGAAAGCCUGCAUAUUUAAAGGGAAGAGUUAAAUUCCUGAAACGAUUCUCUAUGUUUCACGUUAAGGAUUUGAAGAAACUGUGAAAACUAAGUUCAACCCUCUUUUUGUGCUAAAUGAAAUCCACAAAAUUAAGCCACCCGUUUUCUAAUGUGAUGUCUAGAAAAGAAAAACCUGUUCUUGAAUGUUCAUUGAGAUUGGUCUUUGUGAAUUAUGUUCUUCAUUAUAAACUGGGUGGUUCGAGCCCUGAAUGCUGAUUU